GUAUUCGAUGCCGGUUUGGCAGUGCUUCAUGAAAAUCAGUUUGUCCGCCUCAUCACUCAACACGUGCCCCCAGCCUGCGUGCAAUUGUUGGAUCGUUCGCGGCAUGAAUUGUUCCUGGACAAAGCAAGUGUUUCUUCCACAGACGUAUGCGGACCAGUGAUUUUGAUUUUGAGUAAGGAUAUUCAGUACUUCCCGCUGCACUGUCUACCGGUAUUGAGGCAAAAAUGCGUCUGCCGCUGCUCAGGUGUCCACAUUUUGGUCAGUCUCUUCCAACGCUGGAAGGAGGGACUUGCCGUUAGAAAAGAAAAUGCGUUUUACAUCCUGAAUCCUAAGGCGGACCUCACGUUCACACAGCGCUACUUUGAGCAGUGGUUCCAAAGGACCGGCAACCGGAACAUUCCCGUGGCCGGUCCCAAGCUCGGAUGA